AUGCUCAACGGUUCAUACUCCAUUCCGACACGGUCCAUUGUAAAUGUUGCGUAGCACUCGAUGCAUCGCACACUUAAUUUUUACAUAUGUUUGCUAUAAAAGCAGGCGUGUUGUUUCAAAACAGUCAUUCAUCAGAACAACCUUUGAAAUAAAAGUUGAGAGCAGCCAUCCUUGACCUGCGGCACAAUGACGGCGCUGACUAAUUUUUGUUGGUUCUGUGCGGUUCUCAGUUUAUGUGUAGUGGCCGAAGUAACUGGAGGAGAGUAUGAGAAGAUAUACAGAAGUGAUUAUAAGCCGCCUCCGUCCUACAGAUCGGAGGAAUUAAAAACUAUCAACUUGAACCCGACGGCAGAGACAAUAGUCACAGAAUGUGAGACACCGAAUCGCGAUGUGGGAUACUGUGUAGAAAUCAAGCACUGUAAGAUACUGAUGAAGCAAAUCACCAAUAAGGAGGCGUCUUCAUUCUUACGCGCGUCCCGUUGCGGACCACAAAACGAGAAUAUCUACAAUCCAAAAGUGUGCUGUGGAAAGUACGACAACUACAAAACUGUCAGCACAAACAACGUUAAAGAAGCCGAAGUCGACAUAUUCCCAAAAUCCUGCGGCCAGCAAACUGUAACGUUCGACAGAAGGAUAGUUGGUGGCAAAGAAGCUUAUCUAGGCGAAUAUCCUUGGAUGGCUCGUAUCAUUCAUAAAAAUGAAUUUGGGUCGCGGACUGUCGGAUGUUCGGGAUUUUUAAUACACCCCAACUUUGUUCUCACUGCUGCCCAUUGCACGCAUCCACGUCAUGUUGAAAUGAGAGGGCCAAUAGAGGUCGUUGUAUUGGGAGAACACAAUACUAAAACAGAAAUUGAUUGUUCGGAUAAGGUAUGCGCCAAACCAAAUCAGAUCAGAAGAGUUGCCAAGGUAGUCUACCACCCGCAGUAUAAUCCUACAGAUUUAGGGCAAUACAAUGAUAUCGCUAUUAUCCAUCUCAAAAGAGCGGCUAAAAUGUCAGAUUUUGUGCAACCUAUUUGCCUCUCUAAGGAUGAUGUUGCAGUACCAUCUAAGUAUUACUUAAGUGGAUGGGGCAAAACAGAAAAAGAAUUAAUCAGCAAGAUCAAAUUGAAGGUCGAGGUUCCCUCAUUCGACAAAGAGAAAUGCAAGGAAAAAUACUUCUCACGUAACAUAAUCCUCAAGAAUACCCAAAUAUGUGCAGGAGGCGAAUAUCGAAAGGACAGUUGCACGGGAGACUCGGGAGGCCCGCUGAUGAUGUCCACUGAUGACGGAAUCUGGUACGCUUUGGGAGUCGUGAGUUUUGGAAUGGGCUGUGGAGUCGAGGGAUGGCCCGGAGUGUACACAAACAUUGCGAAGUUCUUACCUUGGAUCCAAUCGGAAAUGGAAGUUAAUAUGAGCGGGAAGAAAUGAACAUAACUCAUAAGGACAGAACCAAAGUUAUUGUUAACAAAUUCGUAAUCAUUGAUGGAUUUCCAAAGAUUACAAUAUUCAUCCUUAACUUAUUUUAGAAUAAUAUUAUUUAUUAAAUUGUUAUUAAGUAGUUUAAUUAAUAUGAUCUAAACAGUAUUAAUAGAAAUAAAGAUUGAAGAUUU